AUGAGUUACCCGCCACCUGGACCACCGCCAUCUUACUACGGGCCCCCGCCACCGUGGCCUCACCCCCCGCACCACCCUCCUCACCAUCCAGCACACCACCCCCCACACCAUCCCUCGCUUUCUGGUACGCACUACCCUCCAUCGCACUCCUACCCGCCGCUAGACCACGGACAAACAACCGCGCCCUACCCCGUCUUCGUGCCAGGAACGAUGAUGGUGCCAGUGCCAGUACACCAGGACGCGCCCAGCCAGCCGACGUACAUAACUAACUACAUAUACCACGGCGAGUCCUCCAACAACCCCGGGUCGGAGAUGGUCCAGAUCGCGGAGACCUCUGGCGACUUCGACUGGGUGCCAACAACAUCCACCACGGCGGGCCACCUCACGGGGAAGGCGGUGCUAGGCGGCCAUGAGGGUUGGGACGGGAGCCCACUGUGGGUGAUAAGGGCGUGGCACAACGGCGACUUGAUACCCGGCAAGCUAUCGGUGAGACACAACGCCGCGUCGGUCAUGUACAGCGGGAAGGAGAUACCGGUGCAGAACAUAGAGGUGCUCUGCUCGAAGCCGGAGAACUUGAGGUGGGUGCCGGCGUCGAACGGGAACGUGCCUCCAGGUGCGAUACCUGGCGGCAAAACAGCGUCCGGUGAGACGCUGUACGUCGGCCGCGCGAGGCACCAGAUGUCCAUAACCCCUGGAAAGGUGCACCCCAGUCACAACGCGUGCUACAUCGGUUUCGGCGGCGCGGAAGUAGUACACAAGAUGUACGACGUCCUUUGCAGAAUCAGU